CACAGCCAAUCCAAAGCGCUCGCUCUGUUUCCAGACCUCGGCUCUGAAACUUCCUCAUGCAGAAGAAAGGAGGGCGAAGCAGAGCUCUCAAAAGAUGAAGGGGGAAGCGGAGAGGCUGAAGAUCCUGCAGGAAUAUGCAGCCUAUUAUGAAGUAAAGAGCCACGAAGGAAGCGUGUCACUUUGUGACAUACAGGACUUAAAGGAGCUCGGCUCUGCCUGGUCCGAGUGUGGCCCUUCAGCAGCUCCGAGGGACCCUUAUUAUGAGAUUAUUAAAGAGACCUAUCAGAAGAGGGAUGAGCAGCACAGAAAUGAGUUGUUGAGGAACCUGAUGAAGGCCUUUGCCAUACUGGAACUGAUCUGUAUUAAUCUCUUUCUGUACCCCUGGAGAAAAGAGAUCAGGAUAGUGAAGAGAUUUACGGGAAAUUUUGUGUACUACAUUGAACCUGUGAUUCCAGAUCACAUCGUGCAGCUUAUCCUUCAGAGGGUGGGGUAUACAGAAGUCACACCAACAGAGUAUAUCAUCGGACAGAAAGUAAAUACGGAAGAAGCCAAACAAAGCGCUUUUGAGCUAUUUCUGGCCAGGGUGCGCUGCAAAGAAAUAAUUCAGCUUAUUGCAGAAAAUAAAACAAAUUACGCGGAUCUCUUCUUUACAGAGACUUCUCACAGAAGCGAUGGAGAGGGAACUACUAACUAUAAAACCAGAGUGCAGUCCAUAACGGACAGAAACAUUCAAAAAGUGGCUGGUUUUGGGAAACAGGAAGGCGCUUAUAAUUUAAAUUUCCGUACCAAAGAACUUGAUGGUAAGGAAUCGACCUGUAGAAACGUGGAAGACACCCUUGUGGCGGUUUCUAAUGCCCGCAGUAGCCAUGACCACGUUGAUCGGAUCUGUAACAUUGGAACAAGCCAUUGUUUGAGCAAAUCCUUAGACAGCGAGGAGUUUAUUAAAAACUACAGUGACCUCAACCUGGCUCAACGGCCAAUUGUCCUCAAGCACAGCAGCAAGAAGUUGAAUAUGAAAAUCGAGGAGAAGCGGUUAAAUCGGUGGGAAAACCCAGUGUCUGAAGAAACCAACAUCGUUUUGGAAGCCCCAGAACCUUCAACUCUUAAUGUUCUACCAAAAGCUCCAUUAGAAACAGGUUUGGCCCAGGACCGAGAACUUAUUGACGAAACGCACGAUGUAAAAGGUGAAAGCAGUGACGCAAUUAAAUUCAGGCAUGGUUGGAGCAAAUCGAGCACUGAGGGGUCACUUGCCAACAGAGCCCUUAGUGAACCCACCAUGGAAUCCAUUCAGUUCAACAAGGGUGGUCCUUCAGGGAGGUCAGUGCUUAAGCUGAAAAUUGAUAAAAUGAACGAUGUGUUUUUAACCUACCCUAUAGAGGAAACCCUUCCUCCAAAGUGCGUGACAUUGGCUAGUAGCAAGGAGCUCAGUAAUUUGUCAUCAAAGAAGACCGUCAUCAAGAGCAAAGAGGCCGCCGAUGGCCUAACUUCAUCCAAAGCCACGUUUCCGAUUAGUAAAUCCUCGGAUUGCACUGAAGACACAGAGAAUUUGAGUUAUCUCAGAGAACCUCCUAACUCUACAUAUAUUCCCCCAGGAGGGGCAGAAAGACAGGCUGGGAGACCCAGAGAACAGCACCCUGAAGAAGACCGGUUUCCUGGCCAACCGGCAGACGUGGUCGAAAUCGACGAGGCCGUUUAUAAAAUGAACACGGAUACGCGGGAUGAUUUCGUAAUAAUCACCAGACGAGAGAAUUCCCAAAGCUAAAUUACCCAAAGCACAGAGACUUGACAUACAGUUACGUCAAAGUACCACAAAAACAUUAAAACUGUGGACAUUUAUACAGCAAAGCGGAGCUUCCGAGGGAACAAUCGCUUCUAGUUUAGUGCUUUCUUUAUUGAACUGCCUUUGUAUUAAAACAAACCCUUUUCACAUAAUUCCAUGAUGAUACUUUAUUGUAAAUAGACUGUAAAAUGAAGAAAAAAAUGAAAG